CCCACAGUGCUGAAUAAAUCGCUAGCAUUCAGUUACUUUUGUUCUCUCAUACACUCUAUUUUGUAAGAAAUAGAUCACUAAUUGCAUCCACAAUGCAACCAGCAAUGAUGAUGUUCUCCAGCAAAUACUGGGCAAGAAGAGGAUUAUCCUUGGAUUCUGCUAUGUUUGAUGAGCACCAUUUAGGCAACCAAACACAAUACAAGAGUGUUUUUAGUAAAAUUGAGGAAGCUGGCAAAAUGAAAAGCAAGGCAGCUGAUGGUGGGAAAAUGGCGGUGGUGUUCUCCCUGAAAAACGAAGUUGGUUGCUUGGUAAAAGCCCUCAGAAUCUUUCAGGAAAAGCAUGUCAAUCUUGUUCACAUCGAAUCGAGAAAGUCCAAGCGGAGAAACUCUGAGGUAGAAAUCUACGCUGACUGCGACUGCAGCAAGAAAGAGUUUAACGAGCUGAUCCUGGUUCUGAAACUCCACAGCAGCAGCAUCACUCUGAACCCUCCCGACAGCAUGUGGACAGAGCAGGAGGAGGAGGGGGGAUUGGAUGGUGUUCCUUGGUUCCCCAGAAAGAUCGCAGAGCUGGAUCAGUGCUCCCACAGAGUGCUGAUGUACGGCUCAGAACUGGAUGCCGAUCAUCCUGGGUUUAAAGACAAUGUUUAUCGACAAAGGCGAAAAUAUUUUGUGGAUGUUGCCAUGAAUUACAAAUAUGGGCAGCCCAUCCCCCGAGUCGAGUACACGGAAGAGGAAGUGAAGACCUGGGGCACAGUGUUCAGAGAGUUGACUAAGCUUUAUCCCACUCACGCCUGUCGGGAAUAUCUCAAGAACCUUCCUUUGCUGAUGAAACACUGCGGGUACAGGGAAGACAAUGUGCCACAGCUUGAGGAUGUUUCUAAAUUCCUGAAAGAGAGAUCUGGUUUCACAGUCCGGCCUGUGGCAGGAUACCUGUCACCCAGGGAUUUCUUAGCUGGAUUGGCCUACCGAGUGUUCAACUGUACUCAGUACAUACGCCACGGCACGGACCCUCUCUACACCCCUGAACCGGACACAUGCCACGAGCUGCUGGGACACAUGCCUCUCCUUGCUGAUCCGAAGUUUGCCCAGUUUUCACAGGAGAUUGGACUAGCCUCGCUGGGAGCCUCCGAUGAGGAUGUUCAGAAACUAGCAACAUGCUAUUUCUUCACCAUAGAGUUUGGACUUUGCAAACAGGAAGGGCAGCUCCGGGCCUAUGGGGCAGGGCUGCUGUCUUCUAUUGGAGAGCUGAAGCAUGCGCUCUCUGAUAAGGCGAGUGUAAAGCAGUUCGACCCUAGAACCACUUGCAAUCAAGAGUGUCUCAUUACAACUUUCCAAGAUGUCUAUUUUGUUUCUGAAAGUUUCGAAGAAGCCAAAGACAAGAUGAGGGAAUUUGCAAAAACAAUCAAACGUCCAUUCUCAGUGUAUUUUAACCCUUACACUCAAAGUGUGGAAAUGUUGAAAGACACCAGAAGCAUUGAGAAUGUUGUCCAGGACUUGAGAAGUGACCUCAACACUGUGUGUGAUGCUUUAAGUAAAAUGAACAAAUACCUAGGAAUUUGAGUGCCAUAGUGCUGUGUGUCUGUCUAUUCAGAUGUAAACCUUGUUUAAGAAUAUCAUUCUGAUUCUUUCAAUGUACAAGCUGGCAUUCAAACACCAAAUAUUUAUAUAUGUAGUGCAGUGCAAACAUUGCGUACUUACAGUAUGACUGUAGCUUUAACUGCUCUCAAAGCAUUGUGUAUAUUCAUACCAAAGGUCUGAGCUAAAGCACUCAUCCAAAAGGGGAAUUUGGGAAUUUAUUUUUAUGGGACAAUAGACUAUUUUCAUCUGUAACACAUUAUAAAACAGAACAUUCGUUCAAAUGACACGCAUUGAUACCUGUUCAGUGUAGCGUUAGGGCUCUGGCAUGCUUCAGUACAGCUAUAACAAUAACCUUGGGUUGCACUGCGUCUUUGUCAUGUAUUCUGCUUCCCACAAUGGAGUGAUGUGGUAGCUGUUUGAAGGGGGUGGCGGGCUGACAUACGAUUUGCACAUCAUUGUAGACACUGGAAUCUGUUUCAAUGCUGAGAGGUUCGAUACACCCUCUGGUAGAAAAAAAUAAGAAGCCAUGUCUGUCUGAUAUGUUUUAAAUGAUACUAUGAUGGUAUAAUUUAUGGUACUGUGUAUCACCCUUCUUGAACCAGGGUUCAAAGUAUAACUGUUAAAUAUUGUAAUAAAAUUAACUGUUAAAUAUUGUAAUAAAAUCAUACUACA